AUGGCAAUAACGCUCAACAAUGGCUUCAAGAUGCCCAUCAUCGGAUUGGGUGUGUGGCGCAUGGAAGGAAAACAAAUCAAAGACUUAAUUCUCAAUUCCAUCAAAAUUGGUUAUCGCCAUUUUGAUAGUGCUGCUGACUACAAGAACGAAGCAGAAGUUGGAGAGGCGCUUAAGGAGGCUUUUGACAGUGGCCUUGUGAAGAGGGAGGACCUUUUCAUUACCACCAAACUUUGGAAUUCAGAUCAUGGACACGUUCUUGAGGCAUGUAAAGACAGUCUCAAGAAGCUUCAGUUAACCUAUCUAGAUUUAUAUCUCGUUCACUUUCCUAUUGCCGUAAGGCAUACUGGGGUUGGUAAUACCUCUAGUCCUUUGGAUGAUGAUGCAAUCCUGGACAUAGAUACCACCAUAUCCCUGGAAGCUACCUGGCAUGCGAUGGAAGAUCUUGUUUCAUCGGGCUUGGUUCGCAGCAUAGGGAUCAGCAACUACGAUAUCUUUCUGACAAGAGAUUGUUUAGCAUAUGCCAAGAUAAAACCUGCUGUAAAUCAGUUUGAAACCCAUCCAUACUUCCAGCGUGAGUCUCUUGUCAAGUUUUGCCAGAAGCAUGGGAUUUGUGUCACUGCGCACACUCCACUAGGAGGUGCUGCAGCAAAUGCUGAAUGGUUUGGUACAGUUUCAUGUUUGGAUGACAAAGUUCUCAAAGAUCUGUCUGAAAAAUACAAGAAGACUGCCGCCCAGAUUGCUCUUCGCUGGGGCAUUCAGAGGAACACUGUGGUCAUUCCUAAAUCAUCAAAAGUGGAGAGGUUGAAGGAGAACUUUCAGGUUUUUGAUUUUAAGUUGUCUAAAGAGGACAUGAAGCUCAUUAGAGAUCUAGAUAAACAAUAUCGAACUAAUCAACCAGCUGCGUUUUGGGGCAUAAAUCUGUUUGCGUGA